AAAGGGAUGAGUACUUAAAACUCACCCUCACUUAAAAGGAAAAAAGUGAUAUCAAAGUGAGCUCUUUGGCUUCCUCGCUCUCUUUCAAGCACAGCACUGCCGACUGCCCGAGUGACGAGAAUGCAUCAGGGGUAUUAUCAAAGCAUGGGGGCAGCCGAUAUGGCUCAGCUUCAAGCCACCAUGCAAGCAAUUGAACUUGCCUGCAAUUCUAUUCAGAUGCAUACCAAUCCAACUGCUGCUGAAGCUACCUUAUUAUCAUUAAGCCAGUCGCCUCGGCCAUACCAAGCAUGUCAAUUUAUUUUAGGAAAUACAGAUUUCUGAGACUCGUAGUCUCUUUCUACUAACUGAAAACAAAGCAAGAAAGGGACUUACUGGGAGUAACUUUAUCUUUCAGAAAAUUCUCAGUUGCCAAAUGCUAGAUUUCAGGCUGCUGGAGCAAUUAGAGAUGCAGCUAUACGAGAAUGGGGAUUUCUCGAGCCGAAUGACAGGAGAGGAUUGAUUAGUUUCUGUUUAUGCUUUAUCAUGAAAAAUGCUAAUUCACCUGAGGGUUAUGUCCUAGUGAAGGUUGCAUCAGUGGCUGCUCAAUUGCUGAAAAGGGGCUGGCUAGAUUUUACAGCUGCAGAGAAGGAGGCAUUCUUUCAUGAGGUUGAACAGGCUGUUCAGGGAAGCCAUGGUUUAGAUGUGCAGUUUGCUGGAAUUAGUUUUCUGGAAUCUUUGGUAUCUGAAUUCUCACCCUCUACUUCGACUGCUAUGGGCCUUCCCAGAGAAUUCCAUGAACAGUGCCGAAUAUCACUGGAGCAAGACUAUAUGAAGGCAUUCUACUGUUGGGUGCAAUAUGCUGCUUUUAAUGUGUCUGAUAGAAUAAUUGGAGCCAACUCUGAAAUCCCUGAAGUAAAAGUCUGUUCAGCAGCACUGCGUUUGAUGCUUCAAAUCUUGAAUUGGGACUUCAGAGGCAAGAACAGCAUUGAGAAUUCAAAAAGAGGAAUGGAUAUUUUCUAUGAUGGGAUGAAGCAAGAGAAUGACUCUCUUAGAAGGUCUGAAUGCAUCUUAGUGCAGCCUGGUCCUGCCUGGCGCGAUGUAUUGAUUUCAAGUGGUCAUGUUGGGUGGCUUUUGAACUUUUAUACUGCACUGAGGCAAAAGUUUUCCUGUGAAGGUUACUGGCUUGACUGCCCUCUUGCAGUUUCUGCUCGGAAACUUAUAGUACAGUUUUGCUCCCUAACAGGAACCAUCUUUCCAUCUGAUAGUGGCGAAAUGCAAAGACAGCACCUUCUGCAAAUGCUAGCUGGAAUUGUACAGUGGAUAGAACCUCCUGAUGCUGUUUCAAAAGCAAUAAAAUCUGGAAAAAGUGAAAGUGAACUGCUGGAUGGCUGCCGUGCGCUUAUGUCUAUGGCAACUGUGACUACGCCACUCGUGUUUGAUGAGCUAUUGAAAUCACUCAGGCCUUACGGAACAAUUACUCUGUUAUCUGCUCUGAUGUGUGAAGUCAUUAAAGAUCUUAUGGAAAAUCGCACAGAAGAAGAGACAUGGAGCUGGGUGGCACGUGAUAUUCUUCUAGAUACUUGGACAACCCUUCUCAUGCAGUUGGAUGCUAGUGGACAUAAACAUUCACUUCCUCCUGAAGGGAUUAGUGCUGCAGCCAAUCUCUUUGCAUUGAUUGUAGAAUCAGAAUUAAGGGCUGCAUCUGCAUCAGCCUUCAAUGAUGAGGAUGAAUAUGAUUACCUUCAGGCUUCCAUUGCUGCCAUGGAUGAGAGGUUGAGUUCUUAUGCCCUUAUUGCUCGGGCAGCUGUAGGGGCCACAAUCCCUCUUCUCAAGGAACUUUUCUCAGAGCGUAUCAUGAGGCUCCAUCAGGGCAGAGGCACAAGUGAUCCAACUGAAACUUUGGAAGAACUUUAUUCUCUCUUACUCAUAACUGGGCAUGUUUUGGCCGAUGAAGGACAGGGCGAAACCCCUUUGGUGCCAAAGGAGAUUGAAAGCCAUUAUAGUAAUGUUACGGAGGUGGAUAAACACCCAGUUAUUGUACUUUCUGGUUCAAUCAUAAGGUUUGCUGAGGAAAGUUUAGAUCCAGAACUGAGAAGAUAUUUUUUCAGUCCUCGUCUCAUGGAGGCAGUUGUGUGGUUCCUUGCAAGAUGGUCUUCUACCUACCUGAUGCCACCUGGAGAAAGUGGGGAAAAUAAAGGUGGUUAUGAAAAUUAUAAUAAUACCCAACAUCUUCGGGGACAAACCACAAAUGCAUUGGUUAGUUUCUUUGGAGAGAAUGAUCAAGGAAAAGCAGUGCUUGAUGUUAUUAUUCGCAUCUCUUUGAGUACGCUUGUUUCUUACCCUGGGGAGAAGGACUUGCAGGCGCUCACAUGUUGCCAGUUGCUUCAUGGACUUGUUAAACAAAAGAAUAUUAUUUGCCACCUUGUUACCCUGGACUCAUGGCGUGACUUAGCGACUGCUUUCACUAAUGAAAGAGUUUUGUUCUCUUUAAAUGCUGCACACCAGCGUUCACUGGCUCAGACGCUUGCUGUCUCAGCCUCUGGCAUGAAAACUUCUGAGGCAUCAAAUCAGUAUAUAAAAAGUCUGACAAGCCAUAUGACAUCCGCUUUGGUAGAACUCUCAAGCAAGAAUGAUCUCAAAGCCAUUGCACAACAGCCUGAUAUCAUUUUGUUGGUUAGUUGCUUGUUGGAGCGACUUCGUGGAGUUGCCAGAGCCUCAGAACCUCGUACACAGAAGGCAAUUUAUGAGAUGGGAUUCUUGGUUAUGAACCCUGUUCUGAUCUUUCUUCAAGCAUACAAAGAUGAGUCUGUAGUAGUCUAUCUUCUACUCAAAUUUGUCACCGAUUGGGUGGAUGGCCAAAUUAUCUACUUAGAGGCUCAAGAAACUGCUGCUGUUGUUGACUUCAGUAUGCGAUUGCUCCAGCUUUACUCAUCUAACAACAUUGGGAAGAUUUCUGUUAGCCUUUCAAAUAGUUUACGUUCUGAAGCAGAUGCCGAGAAAUAUAAGGAUUUACGGGCUCUUCUACAACUUCUCUCGAAUCUAUGUUCGAAGGAUCUGGUUGACUUUGCAUCUGAACCCAUUGAGACUUAUGGCACGAAUAUUUCUCAGGUAGUAUACACGGGUCUUCACAUUGUCACACCUCUGAUAACUAUGGACCUGCUGAAGUACCCUAAACUUUGUCACAGUUAUUUCUCACUAUUGUCACAUAUGCUGGAGGUUUAUCCUGAAAUAAUUGCACAGCUAAAUGUCGAAGCCUGUAGUCACAUACUUGGAACUCUUGAUUUUGGUCUUCAUCAUCAGGACAUUGAAGUUGUUGAUUUGUGCCUAAGAGCUCUAAGAGCUCUUGCAUCCCACCACUACAAGGAUAGAGGUGAUGGUAAAGUUGGUUUAGGAUCACAUGCCACCAGUUACAAGGACGCUGAUGGAAAAUUUCAUGAAGGCAUUCUCGGCCAAUUCCUUCGCUCAUUACUGCGACUUCUACUUUUUGAGGAUUACAGCACUGAUCUUGUUAGCUCUGGAGCAGAUGCACUCCUCCCGUUGAUACUUUGUGAACAGAGUGUUUAUCAGAACCUGGCAAAUGAAUUGAUAGAAAGGCAGGUGAACCAAACCUUCAGAUCUCGGUUAACAAAUGCAUUCCAGUCUCUCAUAACUUCAAAUAAUCUUUCUUCAACACUCGAUCGCAUGAAUUACCAGAGAUUCAGAAAAAACUUACUUAGUUUUCUCAUUGAGGUUCGUGGAUUUCUCCGCACCGUAUAAUACAUCCAGACAGCAACUGCAUAUUCGUUUGGGGUUACUUUUUGCCUCGCAGUCAAGUGUCCUGUGCUCCGUUGAUUCAUGCUGCCCAGUUCCCAACCCCUACUUGUAGCUGGAGGUUCAGUUCUUAGAAACCUCAUCCUGAAACUUGCAUAUAUCAUCGUCUAGCAGAUGAAAAUCUAUAGGGCCACAAAGAGCUAUGACCUCAAGAUGUGGAAGUAGUUUUCUGCAAAACCUUUUUAUGGCUGGUUGCUUCAUGUAAUGUUGGCGGGACGCAGGAUAACUCUUGUUAGCAUGAAGGAACUAUUGCUGUCCUGAGCCUUUUGCUUCUGGUCGGACGUCAGUGCGAGAAUAGCUAUAUGCCAUUUCUUUUCUUUUUUGGGGAAGGGUUUUCUGUUUUCUUGGACUUAGUAGGUAUUAUUUGUUUCGGAACAUUUUUAUGGUCACUGCUUCCCAUUUAAAUCGUUGGUAUUCGGGCAGAAGUUUAAGAGGGAAGUAUAUAUUGACACUAUUGAUGGGAUCUAUAAAUUUGAAUAUGAUGUAUAGUGUCCUCAAACUAGACGGUAAAUUCAGUAUUUUAUCUCUAGGAAUAACGUAAAAUUGAAUUUCAUCUCUCUUUUUGUU